GUCCUCAAAACAUCCCACCCGACCGCCUGGCUUCGAAGAACAAAUUCCCAUGUCUCGUUUCCUCAGAAAAUGCAUCCAUGGAAGCCGAACACGUCACAGUGUCGGUUCCCUCGUAGGUCGCGUACUCCCUCGGCUUCUCGCCUCUCUCGACAUGAUACUUCCGACGGCCCGUGAAGGCGGCGCUGCUUUCAUCGUGGGCCCUGCAGAGCUAACGCCAUCACACGCGACACCGGGGGCCACCGCAGCAGCGCAGCCUCGUCUCACUGUCAAAUCACUUCGCCACCACGGCAAUGGAGUCCAGAGCUGCGGGACACUAGACGCGUCUGAACAGGGCCUCUGUUUACAGCGGCGCACGAAGCAAUGUGGAGGAAGUAGGACCAAAAUAUAAAAUCCUGAUACGCUGAAAAGCCAGAGAUUAUAGAUAAUGGGCUGUGUGCAAUGCAAGGAUAAGGAAGCAACCAAACUCACAGACGACCGAGACACCAGCAUCCCCCAGGCCGCGGGCUACCGCUAUGGGGCCGACCCCACGCCGCAGCACUACCCCAGCUUCGGGGUCACCGCCAUCCCCAACUACAACAACUUCCACGCCCCCGUCGGACAGGGGAUGUCCGUCUUCGGAGGGGUCAGCACCUCCUCUCACACUGGAACCCUGAGGACCCACGGUGGGACAGGAGUCACCCUCUUUGUGGCACUUUACGACUAUGAGGCGCGGACGGAGGACGACCUCAGCUUCAGGAAAGGAGAGCGGUUCCAGAUCAUCAACAGCACCGAAGGGGACUGGUGGGAUGCUCGCUCGCUCACUACAGGUGGCAGUGGCUACAUUCCCAGUAAUUACGUGGCUCCGGUGGACUCCAUCCAGGCAGAGGACUGGUACUUUGGUAAACUGGGCCGCAAGGACGCGGAGAGGCAGCUGCAGUCCACCGGCAACCCUCGAGGAACCUACCUCAUCCGGGAGAGUGAAACCACAAAGGGUGCCUUCUCCUUGUCCAUACGGGACUGGGACGAUGUGAAAGGUGACCACGUCAAGCAUUAUAAGAUCCGCAAGCUGGACAGUGGCGGCUACUACAUCACCACGCGGGCUCAGUUUGACAUGCUGCAGCAGCUGGUCCAGCACUACUCAGACCGAGCCGCCGGGCUCUGCUGUCGCUUGGUGGUUCCCUGCCAUAAAGGGAUGCCUCGCCUCACCGACCUGUCCGUUAAAACCAAAGAUGUGUGGGAGAUCCCGCGGGAGUCGCUGCAGCUCAUCAAGCGGCUCGGGAACGGGCAGUUUGGGGAGGUCUGGAUGGAGAGUGCGGAUGGUUUGUGCUUUAAUUUAACGGGCGUGUGUGUGAACUACAUCCCUGACACUAUGGGCUUGAGUCAUGAUGCCUGGGAGAUCAGCAGAGACACACUUGAGUUGGAAGUAAAGCUGGGGACGGGAUGUUUUGCUGAUGUGUUUUACGGAACGUGGAACGGCACCACCAAGGUGGCGGUGAAGACUCUGAAGCCCGGCACCAUGUCCCCCGAGUCCUUCCUGGAGGAAGCUCAGAUCAUGAAGAAGCUCCGGCACGACAAGCUGGUGCAGCUCUACGCCGUGGUGUCCGAGGAGCCCAUCUACAUCGUCACAGAGUACAUGGGCCAAGGAAGCCUGCUUGAAUUCUUGAAAGACGGAGAAGGUCGAGGGUCGAAGCUGCCAAACCUGGUGGACAUGGCGGCGCAGGUGGCGGCAGGUAUGGCCUACAUCGAGAGGAUGAACUACAUCCACAGAGACCUGCGCUCCGCCAACAUCCUGGUGGGAGACAACCAGGUGUGCAAGAUCGCCGACUUCGGCCUGGCCAGGCUCAUCGAGGACAACGAAUACACGGCUCGGCAAGGAGCAAAGUUCCCCAUUAAGUGGACCGCCCCGGAGGCUGCGCUGUACGGGAAGUUUACCAUCAAGUCGGACGUGUGGUCGUUCGGCAUCUUGCUGACGGAGCUGGUCACCAAGGGUCGGGUGCCCUACCCAGGCAUGAACAACCGCGAGGUGCUGGAGCAGGUGGAGCGGGGCUACCGGAUGCCGUGCCCCCAGGACUGCCCCAUCUCACUGCACGAGCUGAUGCUGCAGUGCUGGAAGAAGGACGCCGAGGAGCGGCCCACCUUCGAGUACCUGCAAGCCUUCCUUGAAGACUACUUCACGGCCACAGAGCCUCAGUACCAGCCCGGGGACAACCUCUAGACCCCUCCCCCACCUCGGGCUGGGGCCAGGACUGGCUGAAUCAGCGCUGUUGCAAAACUCUGGAGCCUUCCCAGCCAGGUCUUUUUUUUCUCCUUUUUUGGGGGGAUCUGUACAGCUUCCUCCAACUUAAAACACAAGCCCCUCCGUCUCUGACACGCCCUCUAGUGUCUGAACUUGGCGAAUGGCAUAGUUUGGGAGGUUGAGGUGGUGGGGAAGGACGACAGACGGAGUUAACCGGGAUCGUGAUAAUGCAAAUGUAUUCAAUGUAAAUAAGAAAGGCUUGUUUUCAGUUUAUUUGUUUGCUUUAAGAUUUGUAUUUUCUCCUGCACAAAAGUAAUAUGAAGAUGAUGCAAAUGAUGAAGGCAAACGAAGAGAACCCUGUCAGAGCAGGCACAGUUCAUCUGGACAUGUGUUGUACGGUAGCUCCUGUAUUAUUUUCUAGAGAUCGGAUCGAAAGCCUCCAUAUAUAUAUUUUCAGAUUUUCCAUAAUGUGGAAAAAAUAACUAAUCUAACCCAGAUUAUUGCUUUAUUCUUGAUUUUCCAGAUAGUAUUCCAGCAACUCGAGACGAGCAUGACGCAGUCCUCCGUCAACAUUUUUCUUUCUUUUUCUCCUGACCAGGCGCCCCACAGAGCUUUCUCACAGCUGUCAGACUGCGUAUGGCUCUUUUACAGUUCUUUUACAAAUGAUGUUCGUCACAUGUUUUUGUCGAUUACAUCCGAACGUGUGAGGAUUUUUUAAUCCAUAUCCCUCCUCGCUUCGAAUUUGGAGAAGAACCGUGUUGCUUUUGUUUAGCUGUAAGAGAGAAAGUUAAUUUAAGAAGAGAGUGUGUGUGUCUUACGGUGGUCUCCGUGGACUAGCAGCUGAACCUGGACCAGCUCACUUCCUCCUUCUUUUGUGUUUUCCCGACACAGUUAUCGUCAAUCAGUGUUUGAGUUUUGAGGGGUUUUACAGUGUGAUUUUUAUUUAAACUUUCUUUUGAAGUAUUCCAAACUGUAUGUUCAGAGGAACCUUUUGUGCCAACUUGUGUUGCAAUUCAGGAUGAGGAGUGGAAGAUUUUAAGUGUUGAGUUCACAGAGAAACGAGUCAGACCUUAUCAGGUCUUAACGCAGAUGGUUUCGUGGCCAAUGGAAAAAGUCGUUCAGUCGUAAUUGCUUUUAAGUGUCGCUAACUUCCCUCUUUUCAAUAUAUAUUUUUUUUUAGAAAAGUUGUUUCGUUUAUUCAGUGACUUGGAGUUUGGAAUUCAGAAAAGAACAAUAAACAUUUUACACUCUU